CAAGUGUGCCUCACGAGCCUAAUCGUAAACUCUAAAGCUAAUUUAUUUCCUCGGACAGCAAUUUGAGGUUUUUUAGCAACUCGUGAUCUUUAAUAUUUUCAUACAUCUUCUCAAUCGUCAAUAUGUCUAAAGGUCGCGUUUGUCUUGCCUAUUCUGGCGGGCUUGAUACCUCCACCAUUCUCAAGUGGCUCUUAAAUGAGGGAUACCAAGUCGUCUGCUUCCUCGCCAAUGUGGGCCAGGAAGAGGACUUCGCCGCUGUCGAGAAGAAGGCCUUAGCUUUGGGUGCCGAGGCUUUCGUCUGCGAGGACCUUCAGCGUGAAUUGGUCGAAGAGAUCGUAUUCAAGGCGAUUGCGUGCAAUGCUAUCUUCGAGGACCGAUACCUUCUCGGAACUGCUCUAGCCCGUCCCAUUAUUGCCAGAAGCCAGGUCCGUGCCGCCGAAAAAUACAAGUGCGACUUUGUCAGCCAUGGAUGUACUGGAAAGGGCAACGAUCAAGUUCGAUUUGAACUCGCAUUCUUGACGUUGAACCCCAACCUCAAGAUCAUCACUCCCUGGAGAAUGCCAGAAUUCAUCCAGCGAUUCCAGGGCCGUAACGACCUUCUCAAGUUCGCUGCCGAGAACAACAUUCCGGUUUCAUCUACCCCUAAGGCUCCUUGGAGUAUGGACGACUGCUCAUAUGAAGCAGGUGUUCUAGAAGACCCUGACCACACACCUCCUAAAGAACUAUGGACCCGAACGGUUGACCCUCUUGAUGCUCCCAAUGAGCCCCAAGAGUUCACUGUUCACUUCGAGAAAGGUGUUCCCGUCAAGGUUGUCACAGCCAGUGAGCAGGCUACCGACUCAGUUGAGCUCUUCAAGCUUCUAAACAAGAUUGGCCAUGACCACGGUGUCGGCCGUAUCGACGUGAGAUUCAUCGGACUAAAGAGCCGAGUUGCUAACUUUUUCUACAGCACACCGGGGCUAACCAUCGCCCGCCUUGCACACUUGGACUUGGAAGGCCUAGUGAUGGACUCUAAGGUCCGUGAGCUCCGUGAUCAGUUCGUCACUCUCAGCUGGUCUCGACAGCUGUACAACGGCAUGUAUUUCAGCCCAGAGCGCGAGUUUGUCGAAAACUCGAUCGACUUCUCGCAGCGUAACGUAUCCGGUGUAGUGAGGAUGGCUGCUUACCGGGGCAAUGCUUACGUACUUGGACGUUCCAGCGACUCGUCCAACUUGUACUCCGAGCAAGAUGCUUCCAUGGAUUCCCUCGAGGGCUUCUCGCCCAUGGACACGAGCGGUUUCAUCGCCAUUCAGGCCAUCCGACUAAAGAAGUACGGACUACAGAAGAUUAAGGAUGGUGAGCCGCUGAGUAAGUCCUAGAUCGGACGAUACUACCCACGCUGCUCUAAGACAGGCAAUAGACUAGAAUGCAGGUGCCGGGGAGGAAUUUGACCAACGAAAUUAUAGGGCUACGAAUGCUCUUAUUUGCGAUGUAUUCUAUGGGGCAAUUAAAAUAAUAAAAAGUAUUUACGGAA